AUGCCCAUGUACGGUGACUUGGGCAACAAACUGGUCCAGCAUGCCAAGAGGACACAGAACUUGAGCCAUCUUCCACCUUAUCAGACCGAGCUUGUCCGUGCAGUGGCCCGAGAAAUCCGAGACCUUGAUAAAGACGUCGCCAGUUUACUUGAACCUUUCCAGGGGUCAUUUGAUCCUUCCGCCGAACAGGCCACCGCGUGCACGCUGCUGGUCAACCACCUUUCAAUGCGGAGGAACAAGCGCUGUCUGCUCGCCUAUCACCGAAUCCGAACAGACAAGCUCGAGGAGCUGGUGUGGAAUGGAGCCGAUAUCCUCGACCUUGCCGGCCAGACGACAGGAGGGCCCAAGGGCGUGACGGAGGGCAAUGAAGGGGGCGGGACCACCAGCAGUCUUAGUCCCCAGGAAGAGGAUUAUUUUCGACAGUUUGGAGAUUUGUUGGCCCUCUACAAAGGCCAAUGGACGGAUAUCGAUCUCACAGGCAGUCUCGAACCCCCACGAGACCUUUUUAUCGACGUCCGAGUGUUGAAGGAUGCGGGGGAGAUCCAAACCGAAUAUGGGGCGAUCAACCUGACAAAGAACAGUCAGUUCUAUGUCCGGCAAGGAGAUGUGGAGCGUCUGAUUGUGCAGGGAUAUUUGCAAAAGCUGGGUUGA